AUUUUAAUAAAUAAUUUACGACCAUUAACGUACCCCUUAUCAGCAUUUUUUUCUUUUUGUAAAUGUAUAUAAAAGAGAAUUUGUUUAUUUGGUAUCAAUAAGAUUUCAUACUGCGUUGUGAAAGGUAAGAAAGUGCGUUUACCUAUUGUAAUUACUAGAUUUUAUUAUUUUUAAAGUAAAAAUUAUGUUUCAAAGAAAAUAAUUUUAAUUUAAUUUUAUGCAAAAGAGGCUUUUUCGAAGCAAUAUGAUAGGAAAAUUAACGUUAGUUUGCGCUUUUCUUUACAUUUUUUCCGUUUCGGGGAAGAAAUAUGAUAGAUGUCAGCUGGCCCACGAACUUCUCGACAAAUACAAAUUCCCCAAGGACCAGAUUUCCACAUGGAUUUGUAUAGUUGAACACGAGUCCCAAUUCGACACUAAUGCCUAUAAUUCGGACACCAAGGACCACGGGCUGUUCCAGAUCUCGGAAUUGUACUGGUGUGAACCACCGGCCCAUCCGAACGGCUGUCACGUGCAAUGCUCGGCCUUGCACGAUGAUAACAUUGAUGAUGACGUAAGGUGUGUAAAGCAGGUGUUUGAAGAGACACAGAGAUUGAAGAACAACGGAUUCGAAGCCUGGACAACCUACCCCAAGUAUUGCAAAGGGAAUACUGCGAGUUACAUUCAGGGUUGUAAUAUUUAAGGUGUUUUGUGGUGGAUUUUUGUAAGAUAAGUGUAGAUUAAUAAUAAAUUUAGGUACCUACAAUUUU